AUGACUUCUAUAAAAAAUCUGGCCAGGAUUGCAAUCAUUUUAUACACCAUAUGCUUUUUCACAAACUCUGAUGGAAGACCAAUGAUGAAAAGAUCAGUGAGUGAAAUGCAAUUAAUGCAUAAUCUUGGAGAGCAUAGACACACUGUGGAGAGACAGGACUGGCUUCAGAUGAAACUGCAGGAUGUGCACAGCGCCCUUGAGGAUGCUCGGACCCAGAGGCCUCGAAACAAGGAUGAUAUUGUCCUGGGUGAGACAAGAAAUCGGAGGCUGCUCCCUGAGCACUUGCAGAAGAAAUCCAUCAAUCUAGACAAAGCUUACAUGGAUGUAGUCUUUAAAACUAAGCCAUAA